AUGAUUUUACAAUUAUUCAGCGCGUUGAUAAUAGCAGUGAGUGUUAUAAAUACACAGGCCCAAUGCGUUCAAUCCGAUGAGCCCGCUCUCAAAGCUGUCUCUGAUGGCGCAAAUCGAUUUGCCAAUAAUUUUUUCAAGGUUUUGGCAAAAAGUGAACCAGGAAAUAUCAUUUGUUCGCCGGUUGGUGUCAACGUCGUCUUGUCAAUGGCUACUUUUGGAGCUCGUGGUUCUACAGAGAAGCAAAUGGAGUCGGCAUUAAGCUUGCCCUGUGAUAAAAGUAUCACUAAAAGCGGAUUUCAAGAACUUAUUGAUUCAUUGAAUAAUGUCAAAGGAGCUGAAUUAAGGCUAGCUAACAAAAUAUUCACGACAAACAAAUACGAACUGCAGCCGGAAUUUGAAGAAAUUAUGAUAAAACACUUUAAAUCAAAAACUCAACCUGUGGAUUUUGAUAAACCUGAAGAUGCUGCGAAGAUAAUUAACAAUUGGUCUGCGAAUAAAACAAACAAUCGUAUUACCGAAAUUUUUAAGGCUGACGAUCUUCGAGAUGUGGCAGUGGUAUUAGUUAACGCAGUUUACUUCAAAGGCAAGUGGGCGAAUAAAUUCAAUCCUGAGUUAACAAAAUUCGCGCCUUUUUACAUUGACGAGAGAAAUUGGAAGAAUGUGUCAAUGAUGCAGAGACAUGGAAGCUUCUAUUGGGGUAGAAUACGCGAACUUAACGCUCAAUUUAUUGAGCUUCCUUACGAGAGCGAAAAUUCUGAAGAAGCAUUAAGUAUGUUCAUAAUUCUUCCCGAUGAAAUCAACGGGCUAUCAAAGCUUGAAGACAAUAUGGAAAAGAUAAAUUUCGCUCAAUUAUCUGGUCAUACAAGCUAUGUCAGCCUCUCCAUGCCAAAAUUCAAAAUCAAAAGCUUAUUUGACUUGAAAUUAACUUUGCAAGAGAUGGGUAUGACCGAGAUCUUCGAAAACACCGCCGAUUUGCCAGGUAUGCUUAAAGGCCCUCUCGUCAAAGUGAAUAAGAUUGUUCAAAAAUCUUACAUCGAAGUAAACGAAGAAGGAAGUGAAGCAGCUGCGAUUACGGGAAUUCUUAUGAACGAAUCUGGACGACCGGGACCACCACAACACCCGGAGAUUUUUGAAAUAAACAGAUCUUUUAUUUAUACAAUUAUCCACCGAAGUAGCAACACAGUUCUAUUUCAAGGGCACAUAAGCAGCGCCGGAUUUGUCACUUUGUCAUUACCACCGCAAAUCAAUGUUAAUAGGCCAUUUUUGUAUGUGAUUGUGAAGAAAAAUUCUCAAACCAAACUUUUCAGUGGUCGUGAAUUGAGGUGGGAAUUAGAAAACUUAGUCUACAACCACGUUGGAAAAUUAUUAAAUUUGAUAGGCCUUUUGUUUAUGCAAUUGUCUGUAGAAGCAGCAAAACAGUGCUUUUUCAAGGACAUUGGCGUGAUAGCGGCUUUAAUUAUUGCUUAUGCUCUGGCAGACUGUACUCAAGCAAAUGAACCGAGCUUCAAAGCUAUUUCCGAUGCUUCUGAUAAAUUUAUGCACAAAUUUUAUAAGAUUCUAGGUGAUGAAAAAAAAGGUAACCUCAUAUGUUCGCCAAUAAGCGUAGAUAUUGUAUUGUCUAUGGCCCAUUUUGGUGCAAGAGGAAACACUGAAAAACAGAUUGAAUCAUCACUGAAUUUACCUUGCGACAAAUCUGUUACUAAACAAGGAUAUCAGCAGCUUAUCAAAAGUCUUAAUAACACACAAGGAGUGGAACUGAAAUUAGCCAACAAAAUUUUCAUUGACAAAGGAGCUUCACUGCAAUCUGAUUUUAGUGAAAUAACAAAAACGUACUUUGAAUCCGAAACUCAGAGCGUUGAUUUUUCGAAUGCUAAUAAAGCUGCCAAAACUAUUAACGAUUGGUCUGCAGAGAAAACAAACAACCGUAUAACUGAAUUAUUCAAGCCCGAUGAUAUUGAAGGCACGGUAAUGGUAUUGGUUAAUGCAGUUUAUUUCAAAGGGAAGUGGGCUAAAAAAUUUAAUCCAGAAUAUACUAGGCUUUCACCUUUUAAAGUUGACGAUAAAACCACAAAAGACGUACCCAUGAUGUACAAAAUGGGAAAAUUCAAUUAUGGCUAUAUCGCUCACCUCAAAGCUCAGUACGUCGAACUUCCAUAUGAGAAUAACGACAAAAAUGAGGCUGUCAGCAUGUUUGUUAUUCUUCCUGACGAAACUAGUGGAGGAAUUCAAGAAGUUCAGAAUAAUCUUCACCUAGUAAAUUGGACACAACUUGAAGGAAUCGAGGAAGAGGUUGCAUUGCACUUGCCUAAAUUCAAAAUUGAAAGCAAACUUGACUUGAAACCCACUCUACAAAAUAUGGGUAUCACCGAUAUUUUCGACGGAACAGCUGAUCUGAGUGGUAUUAUUGAGAAUAAUAAGUUAAGGGUCAGCAAAAUCAUUCAGAAAGCUGUUAUUGAAGUCAAUGAAGAGGGUUCUGAAGCUGCCGCAGCAACAGGAAUGGAAUUCGUGUUUAUGUCUAUGCCACCGGAAAUAAUUGUCAAUAGACCAUUUUUGUGUGCAAUUGUAAAGAAAAGUAUGGGAAAUCAUGUAACUACAUUGUUUGUGGCUCGUGCCGUAUCAAUUGGAACAGAAAGUAACCUAAUAUGUUCUCCAAUCGGCGUCGAUAUUGUAUUGUCUAUGACCAGUUUUGGGGCACGAGGAAAUACUUUAAAGCAGAUAAAAUCGUCUUUAAAUUUAUCCGAUAAUGAGAAUAUCACGAAAUUAGGAUUAGUGCUUUUUAAAUCCGAAACACACAACAUUAAUUUCACGAAUGCUGAUGUAGCUGCCAAAACUAUUAACGAUUGGUCCGCAGAGAAAACAAACAACCGUAUAACUGAAUUAUUCACACCUGGUGAAAUUGAGGGCGCUUUAUUGGUAUUGGUUAACGCACUCUAUUUCAAAGGGAAAUGGGCUCACGAAUUCAAUCCAGAAAGAACUCAAUUGUUGCCCUUUUAUAUUGACGACAAAACCACAAAAGAAGUCCCCAUGAUGCGCAGAUAUGGUGCUUACAAUUAUGGUUAUCUACCUGAUUCAUUAGGAGGAGCUCGUUAUAUUGAACUUCCAUACGAGAUUAGUACCAACAAAAACGAGGCAAUCAGCAUGUACAUUUUCCAUCCCGACCAAAUUAGUGGACUUCGUGACCUUGAGAAUAAUAUUCACAAAUUGAAUUACGCUGAACUUGAUGAGUAUGAAGACAAUAUUAAUUUGUCUUUACCUAAAUUCAAAAUCAAAAGCAAAAUAGAUCUGGAACCUACUAUAAUAAAUAUGGGUAUGAACGAAAUUUUUGAAAAUAAGGCUGAUCUUAGUGGUAUGAUUACCGCCAAUACCGACUUGAAGGUUAACAAGUUUAUUCAAAAAGCAUUUAUCGAAGUAAACGAAGAAGGUUCUGAAGCCGCUGCUGUUACAGGAUAUGGAGCUGUAACUUUGUCUGUAAUAGAAGAAUGUAAAGUCAAUAGUCCAUUUAUGUAUGUAAUUGUCAAGAAAAGCACUAGAACACCUUUGUUUAUUGGUCAAUUGAUGUUAAUCGCCACAAUAGUGGUUUUAACUAUCCCCAAUUCCUAUUCAAAAUGUAUUGUAUCAAAAUCUAUAAAAUAUCCUCAGCGAUUUGUUUCCACAAUGAUUGAUAGAUUUCUCGGUGAUAUUUAUGAAAUUCUAGCGAAACAUGAAGAAGGUAAUCUGAUUUUUUCGCCACUUAGUUUGCACGCCAUACUGACCAUGGUAAAUUUGGGCGCAAGUGGGAAGACUUCUCGGCAACUGAGUUCAUCUUUGCGGAUGUCUUGUGAUAAGAAUAAUGCAGCAGAAGGAUACCGAGAACUUAUUUAUCUUCUACUCAACGUCGAAGGGGUCAAGCUUAAAUUCGCCAAUAAAAUUUUCGUAUCACAAACGUCGGUACUAAAGAACAGCUUUGGGGAUAAAAUGACGUGGUUUUUUAAAUCAGAUACAUCCUUAAUUGAUUCAACAAGACCAGAAAAAGCUGCUGAAGAUAUUAAUCGUUGGUAUGCGAAGGAAACUGAAAAUCAUAUAAAGAAUUUAUACGAGCCCAGUGAUAUUGAAAACGCAAAAAUGUUGUUAGCUAAUGCCAUUUACUUCAAAGGCAGUUGGACUAAUAAGUUCGACACUCGGUAUACGCAACCAUAUCCUUUUUAUGUUAAUGGUCGUAAAGAAUCAUCAAAAAAUGUACCGAUGAUGUAUAUAGACGCUGAAUUCCAAUGGGGCUACAUUCUUGGUUUAAAGUCUGGUUUUAUUGAGCUUCCAUAUGGCAAUCAAACAAAUCCGGCGAUCAAGAUGACGAUCAUCCUUCCAAACCUGGGAGUCGACAUUAGAGAUGUUGAGAGAAAUAUUAGCAAAUUACCUACGAUUAAGUAUAGCGGAUCUACAAGCAAGGUUGCUUUGCGUUUGCCAAAGUUCAAAAUCGAGAGCGAAUUUGAUCUAAAACCGAUUCUAAAAGAAAUAGGGAUUAAUGAUAUGUUUGAGAACACGGCUAAUUUCCAAAAUAUGACCGAGAAUUCUGGGAUGAAAGUUAAUAAAAUCGUUCAGAAAGUUGUCAUUGAAGUCAACGAAGAGGGUAGUGAAGCCGCUGUUGCUUCAGGAAUGACAAUGGAAUCAAGAGAAGCAAGUCCAGUUUUCAUUGUAAACAGACCAUUCCUGGUAGUUAUUUCUAUGGAAAGAUUGAAAUGGAUAUUGUUUGUUGGUCGUGUUAUGGACCCCACUGCAUGUAUUAUACUGCUCAGCCCAAGAAAUAAAACGAGUUCCAAUCUCAAAAGUUUACCCCCUACCGUAGUCGCUCAUGACCUUAAGACAAUUCAGCGAAAGUAUCCUACUUACAAACGUGUUUUCUUCGGAGCCAUGUUAUUGGCUUUGAGUAUACCGAGCUCUUUGCCAGCAGCGGUUGAAUCGAACCAAUCUAACCAGGUCGACCAACUUGCUACUCAAAGAGUUGUUUACAUGAUGAACCUUGUCUCGAAUGCUAUGUACAACGCCGCUACUGCUGAGAAUCAUUCAAAUAACGUGAUAUUAGCUUCAUUAAACCUUCUACUUCCGCUAGCUGAGUUGUUUUAUUCCACGAAUGCUGAUUUUAAGAAUAACAUUAAUGCAUCUUACCAAUUCACAUUUGACAUUGACCUAAGCAAACAAUUUAUUCAUAAAAUUAUCCUUAAUUUAUACUACGCUCAGAGUGACAAAGUAAGAUUCUUCAAUAACUUGUACUACCAACAAGGCCUGACCCUGAAGCAAAACUUCCUAGAUAUUGCAAAAGAUGACUUCAAGUCGAUAGAACCUCAAUCGGUCGACUUUAACGCUUUACAGUUUAACGCUGGACUAGUUCAACAAUACAUUGGUUACUCAGACCUCGAAUUCGAAAAUAAAUUCAAUCUAUUGCCCGAACUCGGAGUUUUCAAGAACAAAGACAACUUUGAGGAAUCCGCUCAAUUUUUGAUUCUAAAUGAGACAUUGAAACACGGAUCUCUCAAUAACUCCAAAGCUUCAUGGGUGGAAAUACCACUAAAGAACAAAGCUUUCAGCUUAUACUUUGUUGCUUUUGGAGAUCAAGACAAUUUUGAAUCAUUCGAGAAAAAUAUAGGACGAUUUGAUCCUUUGAACCAUCCUUACAAUGAUAGUCCACUAUCUGUCAAACUUCCUGUUUUCAACAUAAAUAGUUCCCUGGAUAUGACAGAAAUUAUAAAAGAGGCCAAACUUGGCGAAGUUUAUAACAACGUUGGUGGUGUUUUUGUAAACUCUACAUUGACUACUGAUAAAAUAUUCGAAAUAGCCUCAGCUAAGCUAUCUGAUAUAAGUCUCCAACUAUCUACUGUGUCAACAGUAAUAAAUGGAAUGGUAGCACAUGAAUCAAACCCAUCCCAAAACCAAGUGGACCGAUCCCAAUUUUUAAACUCAACAUCAUUUAAAUCAUCAGCUGAUGACACACAAACUGAAAUAGUUUUUGACAAGCCAUUCAUCAUACUUUUGUUCGAUGCAAAAACUAGAGUUCAAGCUUUAUAUGCUAGUGUCAAUAAUAUGAACGAACUAACAUGGCUUGGAGCUAUUUUAGUAGUUUCAAAUUUUGCUACUAUAAUCGCAGAUGGCCCGGAAAAUAAGGAUUCUCUAAUGACAGUUUCCAAUGGAAUGAACCAAUUUGCUACCGAAUUUUAUCAGAAAUCAUCGGAGAACAAUCCGAAUAAUCUAAUCUGUUCACCAAUAAGUGCCGGUGUAGUUCUGGCAAUGGCAACUUACGGCGCUCGAGAGAAUACGGAAAAACAAAUGCGAGCAAGUUUACGUAUGCCUGAAGAUAACGCCGUUGGUAAAAACGGAUUCCAAUCGUUGCUUGACAGUCUACAUGGUAUCAAUAGCGUGGAGCUCAAAUUGGCUCAAAAAAUUUUUACCGCAAUUGGUUUUGAUGUAAAACAAGAGUUCAAAGACAUAACUGAAAAAAACUUUUACUCAGCUGCAGAGAGUUUGGAUUUUGAUAACAAAGCAGAAGACGCUAGCCGAACAAUCAAUAAUUGGUGCUCACAACAAACAAAUGAUCAUAUUAAGAACCUUCUUGGUGAAGAUGAUGUUCAAGGAGCUUCAAUAGUUUUGGUAAAUGCCGUUUAUUUCAAAGGCGGUUGGGAAGAAGAAUUUGAAAAAUACCUUACAGAACCAAUACCGUUCCAUGUAGAUGAAAAAACUACUAAAGAUGCUGACAUGAUGUUUGUACGAAAGAACUAUAAUUACGGAACACUUCCUGAUCUCGAUGCUAUUUUUGUUGAACUUCCUUACAAGAAAACUAGCGAUAAUGACGCAACCAGUAUGUUCAUAAUUCUGCCGAACCAAAUUACUGGUCUAAAGAAAGCUGAAGAGUCAUUGAACAAAGUUAACUUCAAAGAGCUUCAUGACAAUCAACAUUCAACCCCUUUGCAGUUAUCACUACCUAAAUUCAAAGUAGAAAGCACGCUUCAACUACAACCGAUACUCGAGAAAAUGGGAAUGACCGACAUGUUUAAAAAUUCGGCUGAUUUUGGAGGAAUAACAGAAGCUCCACCACUGACAAUCAGUAAAGUUGUUCAGAAAGCUUUCAUUGAAGUUAAUGAAGAGGGAAGCGAGGCAGCUGCAGCUACUGACCGUUUAUUUUUGCAAUUGUCCAUCCUGCAACAAAUACCAUUCUGUUCCAAGGACACAUUACUGACCCAACAUAUUACUUGGUUUGUUGGAGCCAUUCUGGUAGCUCACAAUUUUGGAAAUAUUUUGACAGCUUCAGUUCCUGAAACCCAAGAAGCUUCGAGCAAUUUAUUCCAAGGAAUAAAACAAUUUUCUCAAGAUUUCUAUCAAAAAGCAAAUGAUGGAUCAGAUAAUCUUAUAUGCUCACCAAUGAGCGCGAACACGAUUUUAGCAAUGGCUGCGUACGGAGCUCGAGGAAAUACGGGUAAGCAAAUGCGAGCAAGUUUACACCUACCCGAAGACGAUUCAGCUGGUAGAAACGGCUAUCGAACACUAAUUGAUACUUUUGCUAACGUGAAAGCGGUAGAGCUUAAAUUAGCCAAUAAAAUAUUUUUGGAAAAAGGUAUCGAACUGAAACCUGAUUUCAAAGAUAUUACUGAAAAAGAUUUUCAAUCAACUGCAGAGACUGUGGAUUUCAGUAAAGGGGCUGAAGCUGCAGCAACUAUCAACAAUUGGUCUGCUGAAAAAACUAACAAUUGUAUCAAACACGUCGUUAAUCCAGACGAUGUUCAAGAUGCAAGUCUGGUUUUGGUUAACGCAUUGUACUUUAAAGGAGAUUGGGUUUCACCUUUUAAAUCUCAUAUGUCUCAAUCUAAGCCUUUCAAUGUCGAUGAAAAAACGACAAAAGAUGUCGACACGAUGUACCAACAAAAACGCUUCAAUUAUGGAACUCUUCCUGAACUUGACGCUAUUUAUGUGGAGCUUCCUUACAUUUCAAGUACAGAGAGCGAUUCAACUACUAUGUUUAUCAUUCUUCCCAAUACGGUAGGUGGCCUGCAGAAAGCUGAAGAAUCAAUUCCCAAACUGAACAUCAAAGAGCUUUUCGAAAACCAACAUACAACGUUACUGAAUCUGUGGUUGCCUAAAUUCAAAAUAGAAAGUACCAUCAAUGUUAAUGAUGUCCUUGAGAAAUUGGGAAUGACUGACAUGUUUACAAAUAAUGCUGAUUUUACGGGAAUUACCGAAAACCCGCGACUGAAGGUCAGCAAAGUAAUCCAAAAAGCAUUUAUCGAAGUUAACGAGAAGGGAAGUGAAGCCGCGGCUGUUACUGAAACGAAAUGGCUGAUAGGAUCAGUUUUAAUAUUGACAGUGUUAAACUGCGAAAACUCGUUGGCAUCGACGGAAAAUGAAGAAAAUUUAAGAGCAGUUUCCGGUGGGAUGAACCAAUUUUCGGGAGAUUUUUACAAAACGUCAUCGGAAAGCACAAAAGAUAAUCUUAUCUGCUCACCGCUAAGUGCUGGCAUUGUAUUGUCUAUGGCAGCGUACGGCGCUCGUGGAAACACGGAAAAACAAAUGCGAACGAGUUUACGUAUGCCUGAGAACGACGCUGUUGGUAAAAGCGGUUUUCAGUCGCUUAUUGAUACCCUCAAUAGUGUAAAAAAAGUUCAGCUAAAACUAGCGCAAAAAAUUUUCACAACUACCGGCUUCGAAAUGAAACCUGAUUUCAAAGGCAUAACCGAAAACAACUUCCGAUCAACUGCACAAAGUUUAGAUUUUACUAAAGCUGUCGAGUCCUCACAAACGAUAAAUAAAUGGUGCGAAGAACAAACAAAUACCAGAAUUAAAGAGAUCAUCCAACCAGAUGACUUGAAUGGAGCUGCUAUGAUUUUGCUAAACGCAGUUUAUUUCAAAGGUAACUGGCUGUCAAAGUUUAAAGGCGAGCAAACUUUACGUAAGCCGUUCCAUGUCGAUGAAAAAUCCACCCAGGACGUUGACAUGAUGCAUCAAAGACACUCGUUCAACUAUGGAGAACUGCCUGAACUUGAUGCGAUUUUUGUAGAACUUCCAUACGAGAAAGAAGAUGAAAAUGAUGCGAUCAGUAUGUUUAUAAUUCUGCCAAACGAUGUUAAUGGUCUUUCAAAAUCUGAAAAAUCUUUGCACACCGUUAACUUCAAAAGCAUCCAUGACAAUCAAAGAAUGACUGAUAUGCACUUGUAUAUGCCUAAAUUCAAAAUUGAGAGCACGCUUCAGCUCCAGUCGAUUUUGGAGAAGAUGGGAAUGACUGAUAUAUUUUCAGACAGCGCUGAUUUCACGGGUAUAACAGAUUCUCCGCCCUUAAAAGUGAGCAAAGUAAUUCAAAAGGCAUUCAUUGAAGUAAAUGAAGAAGGAAGCGAAGCUGCGGCAGUUACAGCUAUUGUUGCAGUUCCCAUGUCUGCCUGGAUAGAGUACCCAGAACCGAUUGCUGUUGAAAUUAAUCGACCUUUUAUAUACGCUAUUCAUCACAGUGAUACUAAUACUGUUUUGUUCCAAGCUCUGGGAAUCCUUCAACAAAAACAGCGAACGCAUCCCGAAAAAAUGGCCGAAGAUCGCCAGGAAGUCAAAAACAUGCACGCGGUUUUGUGCGGAAUAAGAAAAUUUUCAACCGAUUUUCACAAGACGAUAUCAGGUUAUGACCAAGAUAAUAUAAUUUAUUCGCCUCUAAGUAUCGGAAUCAUGUUAUCUAUGGCAGCUUAUGGGGCAAACGAGACAACAGAACAACAGCUGAUAUCUGGUCUACAUCUGCCUGAAGAUAAAGAAGCUAACAAAAAUGGAUUUGAGAAGCUUGUUGAUACUUUCAGCAAAAUGGAAAAAGUAAGACUUGUCUUGGGUCAAAAAGUUUUCGUCUCAGAAAGUUAUGAAGUUAGACACGACUUCAAGCAAACUACCAAGAACGUCUUUGGGUCAUCGACUAGACACGUGAAUUUUAAGCACUCAUCGGAGGUGGUUAAAGCGAUCAAUAAGUGGUGUGGAAAAAAAACCAACGAUGCUAUCACUCGGAUAAUCGAUUCUCAUGACAUAAAUGACGCAAUAAUGAUUUUGGCAAGUGUCGCUUAUUUUAGUGGUCCAUGGUUACUAAAAUUCGAUUCUGAAAACACCCGACCUAGGCUGUUUAAUAUUGAUGAAAAAACCACAAAGCAUGUCGACACUAUGUACCAGCUUAAUUCCUUCAAUUAUGGACCUUUGCCAGAUUUGGAUGCCAUAUAUAUUGAACUUCCUUAUGAGAAACAUCACAGAGAAGACGCGACAAGCAUGUUUGUAAUUUUACCAAAUCAAAUCGGAGGUCUCAGCAAAGUUGAAGAUAAUCUAGAUCAGAUAAACUUUGCAUCGCUGGUAGACCAUCACUUAAAGACUGAAAUAUACUUGCACAUGCCAAAGUUCAAAGUUGAAAGUAACCUGAACCUUGAACCGUUUCUUGAAAAAAUGGAAAUGAGUAAUAUGUUUCGUGAUGACGCUAAUUUCUCGGGCAUUUCCGAGCGUCAACCACUUAAGAUCAGUAAAAUAAUCCAAAAGGCUUUGAUAGAAGUUCAUGAACAUGGUACUGAGGCGGCAACUACUACUGAUAAUAAUGUGCUUUUUGAGUCAUCAAGGAGUUGGCACACGAUACCGAUCACUGUUGAUGUAAAUCGUCCUUUUGUUUUUGUUAUUUAUCACAACGCUACAAAUAGUAUUUUACUUCAAGGACACAAAACGGCUAAAUUACAUAAGAAUAACCUGAUAAGUUCACCCUUGAGUACAGGCAUUGCAUUAUCAAUGGCAGCUUAUGGCGCCCGGGGUGCCACGGAAUAUGAAAUGAAGUCUAAUUUACAUUUGCCAGUAGACGAUAAGCUUGGGCAAAAGGGUUUCCUGUCACUUAUCACGACAUUGCAUAAAAUGAAAAAGGUCAAUCUCAAGUUAGCGCAAGGGUUGUUUAUCGACUAUCACUUCAAAGUCCAUCGAGAAUUUAGUAAUAUGGCCAAAAACGUAUUUAAGUCGCCUAUAAGAAGACUUUACUUCGAAGAUCCCGAGUAUUCAGCUGAAUAUAUCAAUAACUGGUGCAAAAGAUUCACCAAAAACCUGAUCAAAGAUAUCGUUCAACCUGAAGACAUCAAAAAAGGCUUUUCGGUCCUCGUAAAUGCAGCCUAUUUCAAAGGAUCUUGGAAGUCGCCGUUUAAAACUGAACACACCAGUUUGGAACAAUUUUUCACUAAUUCAAAAACUUACACGUACGUCCCAAUGAUGUACCAACAAAGUAGGUUUAAUUAUGGACUUCUCCCUGAAGGAAAGGCUAUUUACGUCGAACUUCCUUAUGAUGUAUGA